AAGAUGCCCAAAUACAUUCCUAAAGAACUCACAUUUUCCCACAUCACAUAUAAAUGAACACCCUCAUUUCUUCGCUCUCGAAAACUUCUUUCAUCAAAAUUCCCAAAACACAUUAUAUUAUCCACAAACAACCCUCCUUUUCUGUUAUUUCUUCAGUAAAAUCGCUGUAUCUCAAAAGGGUCGCCGAAAAGGUCAAAAUUCGAAAAGGGUAUAUUUGGAGAUCGAAAAAAUGAUGAAAAUUCCGGCGAGAUUUCAGAGGAUGGCCGUGGCGUUUGAGGAGAGCAGCGGCAGCGAGCACUCACCCGCGGCAGAGAGUUGCACUGACUUAUCGGAUCUCGUGAAGUCGUUUAUGGAGAGAGAUUAUUAUUGCGAAGGUGGAGAUGUUUUUGACGAUGAUGGUGGAGGUGCGGCGGAGAAAGUGGAAGACGGAGUCGACGAGUGGUCGCUGUCGGAGGCUUUGGGGAAACUGAGAAGGCUGUUGGGCGGCGGAGAAAGUGAUGAAGAAAUCCGCCGGAAAAUUGUGGCUGAAGCUGAGUUGGCUUGCCGGCUACUUGAGGAGAAGCCCUCUUCUUCCGGAUUUAAACGUAAAUUAAUGACUCAUCUCCGGAAAAAUGGCUAUGGUUCCGGCCUAUGCAAAACCAAAUGGGAAAAAUUUGGACAAUUUCCAGCUGGAGAUUAUGAAUAUGUGGACGUAACUGUUGAUGGAAAUCGCUACAUUGUCGAAGUUUUUCUCGUGGGAGAGUUUGAAAUUGCUCGGCCGACGAGUCAAUACGUGUCACUUCUAAAAGCUUUCCCUCAAAUAUAUGUUGGGAAAGAAGAAGAGCUGAAGAAGAUAGUGAAAGUGAUGUGUAGAGCAAUGAGAGAGUCAAUAAAAAGCAAAGAUAUGCACAUUCCACCAUGGAGAAGAAAUGGGUAUAUGCAAGCUAAAUGGUUUGGUUCAUACAAGAGAACAACAAAUGAAGUCCCAUCCAAAGCACCAUUAUUGUUGAAAUUAGGUCAAAGUCAAAACCCUUUUGCAGCAAAAAGAUCAUCGCUUGGGUUUGAAGCCAAAUUGCCUCUCAAAACUUACCAAUAUUGUAGGGGGGAAUUUGGUAGAAGAAAUAAUAUUAAUAGUAAUGGGAUUAAAGUUGGCCAUUUGAGUGCCGCUUUUGAUGGCCAAGGGAUUGGAAUGUUAUAAAUAUAUAUAUAUAUUGGUAUUAUGGGGUAUGCUGUUUAUUAGGGUUUAAUUUAAUUUAUUCAAAGAGAUUGGGACAUAAAAGCUGGGCUUUAGAGGCAAAAUUGUAUUAUUUAAUUUGGAGCAAAUUUUGGGA